GCCGCACGAGCGAAAUCAAAGUGGGGCACGAGCGAGAGGAGACGUGAAAGAGCGAGAGAGCGAGUCGAGGCGGGGACGGGGCGGUUCGCUUUUUAUACCUGCCCCCACCUCCCCCCUACUUCUCACCCCCCUUUUCUGCACCCCCCCUACACCCCCUUCCUCCUCCUCCCCCUCCCACUCCUUCAGCUCUAUCCCGGACCGCAGGUCCCGCGCUGCCCGCAUUUCUCGCGCCGCGUUGCCGCGCGCCUCCCAACUUUUUGUGUUUUGAAAAAGAAUUCUAGAAGCGAUUUGACGUGUGCGCGCGCGUUGACCGUUAGCGACCCCGUAACGCUCGCUGUUUGUCAGGGUCUGUGCGCGUCUUUUUCGUUUGUUUUGUUCAUUUUGAAGGACUUUUCUCGCUUUUUUCGAACCUGUCAAGGUGGGAAGAACGAAGAGAGACGAGCUGGUUUCACUUUGGAUGGGAGAAAGGAGAAAGAAAAGAGAGCAAAACAACGCAAAAACGAGGUGAAAGUGAGCAGUGGAGCUGAGUCACGAUGGAUCAUCUCAGCGACGCCUGCCUGGGGAAGGAGAACUGUGAGCUGGUCAGCAGCCUGAGCGAGGCCAAGCCCCCUCCAGCCAAGCUGGCGAGACUGGAGCAGAACGGCAGCCCUCAGGGCCGCUCACGCCUCGGCAGCACCGGGGCCAAACUAACAGGAGCCAGCUUCAAAUCCUCCACGCACCUGCUUAAAACCUGCCACAAGAGGGGUAACAUGCUGCCAGUGUUCUGUGUGGUGGAGCACUAUGAGAACCCUAUAGAGUUUGACAGCAGAGAAGAGCAUGCAGAGUUUGUGCUGGUCAGGAAGGACAUGCUCUUCAAUCAGCUGAUUGAGAUGGCUCUCCUCUCACUGGGCUACUCACACAGCUCUGCUGCCCAAGCUAAAGGUAUGAUUCAGGUGGGUAAAUGGAACCCUGUCCCUCUUUCUUACGUGACGGACGCCCCCGAUGCCACGGUGGCCGACAUGUUGCAGGACGUGUACCAUGUGAUCACACUGAAGAUCCAACUGCACAGUUGUCCUAAACUGGAAGACUUGCCUCCAGAGCAGUGGACCCACUCGACAGUAAGAAACGCCCUCAAGGAGUUACUCAAAGACAUGAACCAGAGCUCUCUGGCUAAAGAAUGUCCCUUGUCACAGAGCAUGAUAUCCUCCAUUGUGAACAGUACUUACUAUGCAAAUGUGUCUGCGGCGAAGUGUCAGGAAUUUGGACGUUGGUAUAAACAUUUCAAGAAGACAAAAGAUAUGAUGGUCAUGCGCCAACCCUCCCAGCUGGAGGGCUACCUGGGGACGUGCGUCCUCCACGACAGCCCACGUGCCACCACAGUAGCUGAAAUGGACGGUUUAUCGGACCUUUCCCCACCUGGCACUAACCACCUGAGCUUCAGUCAGCAGCCCAUCCCUGGUAGCACAGCAGAGCAGCCGCCAUCCCCUGUGCCCCUGCCACACAGCGGUCAGGCCCCAGGCCGCGCACAACUGCCUGGCCUGCACCCUGGCCUGGUGUCUACCCCCAUCAGCCCGCAGCUGGUCAACCAGCAGAUCGUCAUGGCGCAGAUCCUGAACCAGCAGUAUGCCGUCAACCGGCUCCUGGCCCAGCAGUCCCUCAACCAGCAGUACCUGAACCACCCACCCGUCAGCCGCGCACUCAACAAGCCCCUGGACUCGCAAGUGUCCUCCAAUGCAGAGGUGUCCUCCGAAAUCUACAAGUGGGUGAGAGAUGAGCUGAAGAGGGCCGGUAUUUCCCAGGCUGUGUUCGCCCGCGUGGCUUUCAACAGGACACAGGGUCUUCUCUCAGAGAUCUUGAGAAAAGAGGAGGAUCCUAAAACAGCAUCUCAAUCUCUUCUGGUCAACCUGAGGGCCAUGCAGAACUUCCUUCAGCUUCCUGAGGCCGAGCGAGACCGCAUCUACCAGGAGGAAAGAGAGAGGAGUUUGACAGCAGCUUCCGCCAUGGGCCCUGCUCCUCUUAUCAGCACGCCCCCAACACGCCCUGUCCAGAACCAGAGUGUAGGAGUGAACCAGAUGCUGCUUUCCAGUUCAGAUCCCAUCAUCAGAUGCUACUCCGACUUGCCCAGAAGAGAAGAAUGUAACAAUAUCAGGCCAGAGGACUGGAACCCAAGGAUUCCAGUGGGCAUUUCUCCUGCGUCUCGGGUCCCUGCCCAGGUGAAGCCCUCUCCGCAGCCGUCAGAGUGGAACGGCAAGCAGGAGAGCUCCAUCUUGAACAUCAACUCCUCCAUCUAUGACGAGAUCCAGCAGGAAAUGAAGAGGGCCAAGGUGUCCCAGGCCAUGUUCGCCAAGGUUGCUGCCUCCAAGAGCCAGGGCUGGCUGUGUGAGCUCCUACGUUGGAAGGAGGACCCAUCCCCAGAGAACCGCACACUGUGGGAGAACCUGUCAAUGAUCCGGCGUUUUCUGAGUCUGUCACAAUCUGAGAGAGAUGCCAUCUACGAGCAGGAGAGCAACGGGGGCCAACAGCACCACACAGACCGACCAGCACACCUGCUGCACGUCCCCACUGAGCCCCUACAGUCUCAAGCCCACCAGCCACCCACGGCCCAGCACCAGCCCAACUCCCUGACCCUGCAGCACCCGUCCCAGCCUUUGCUGCCCCAGCAGGUUCCUCAGCAGCAGCAGCAGACGGGCCCCCGCCUGCCCCCUCGCCAGCCCUCCACAGCCUCUCCGGCCGAGGCGGAGGACGAGGGCCAAGUUAAAGGCCGUCAGCAGGGCAGCAGGAUCUCGCUGGAGGCCCUGGGCAUCCUGCAGAGCUUCAUCCAGGAUGUGGGCCUUUACCCAGACGAAGAGGCCAUCCACACACUGUCGGCGCAGCUGGACCUGCCCAAGCACACCAUCAUCAAGUUCUUCCAGAACCAGCGCUUCUACGUUAGCCACGGCGCCAAGCCCAGAGACGCCGAGGAGGACGAGGGCCUGACGGACUUCAAGGAGGGUGAGCUGCUGAAGGAGCUGGACGAGAGCACGCAGACCAAUAGCACCAUCUUCUCCAUCAAGAUGGAGGAGCACCUGGCCAACGAGGCGCAGACACAGGCCGAGCAAGAAGUGAAAGAAUGAAAUCUCUUGUGCUCUUUUGUUUUCUCUCUCUUUCUCAAGCUUGAUCUCUUCUUUUUCUCGCUCUCCCGGUCUCCUCCUCUCUCUUCCUCUCUCUCUUAAUCUGCCUUACAGCAGUAGAACUGUAAGACUCUUGACCCAGGACUGAGUAAUACAAAAAAAAAGAGUAUUACCUUUUAUGUUUUGUAAAGCCCUGUAUUAUUAUCACUGUAAAGAAAUCAUGCAUCAUUUAAAUAACCUGCACAAACGAAAAAACUGAACUUAAAAAAAGAAAAAAAAUCUUGAAUAUGUUGCCGUGGAUAUUUGCUGACUGCACUUGAUGUCUGUUGUUUUUACACUGAACUUCUGAACUUGAGCUACUGAAUUUUAAAAGAGGAAAAAAAAAGUCAGUCGAGUUUGAUAGACUUUGAUAGAUGUUUACGUACGUGGUGUUAACUGGAUUUUUUUAUUUUAAUGCAACUGAAACCUGGGGUGGAAUAGAGGAAAAAGGCCUUAACAGUGAGGUACUGAGACUAGCACUGCUGGGUAAUGAGGAAGGAUCACUCAAACUCUGGAACCCCUGUGACCUGCAGGUAAAGUGGUGGAGAAUAGCUCAAUCUUUACUUAUUAUUUGUUUGGAAGAAAUAUAAAUAUAUAUAUAGACAUAUAUUAAUUGUAAAAAAAAAUAUACAGUCUUAAAGAAACUAUGCCAACAAAUGCCUUGUACUAUAUGGCACUGCCGAUGUUAGAUUAUUUUGCAAACCUUUGUCACUGUAAUUUUCAGGAUUUUCACACAGUUCAAAAUGUGAAUCACACAGCCACCUCCCCCCCCUCAUCAUCCUACAUUAUUUAUUUGCAGUUCAUGCUGUGUUCUGAUGUAAUUAUGUUUUUUUGGAAAGUUUCUGUUACAUAGCGCUUUUUAUUUUACUGAUCUUUUUUCUAUUUAUAAAUGUAAUUUUGAUGGGCAGUAAAAUCAAAAGUGUCUUAACGUUUUAAAUGGAAAAAUGUGCUUUAACAGUUGCCUAAAAAGUGCUGUAUGUCAAGCAACUCAUGCUACAAGCUUCACAAUUAAUGUUGUAUGCAAUUUUUACUAUCAUGCAAAUAAGCUUAGGAAAAUGACUAACCCUAUAGACCACCUUAGAGAGAAAAACAUAUGCAAUUUGUGUGAAAUUGAUGUUUGCAAUGUGUCUUCCUUUGGUUAACAAUCCAAUUCAAAGCUAUUCCUGUAUAAAAUAUUCUGUACAAAAACAAAAGUGUUUCUUUUUUAUGAGUUUAUUGCAAUGAGAACACCAGUUAUUUUGUUACGACUGACUGUUUUAUAAGUGUUUCUCGGUUUCUUUGAGCAAAACUGUUCUAACUAGGAGUGGUUAUUGAUUGUUAAUGACACAAUUAAACUGUUUGUAUUGUA